GGCUCGAUGAGGAAGACCUGAGUCAGAGCUUGCGCCUCUCGCUUCCAGCUGUGGGUGGUGCUAGGCCGGUUCAGCUGGACCGGGUAGGGGUCCUCGCUCGCUUGCUUGCUUGCGGUUUCUCGGAGAAGCCCCCAACUGUCCGGCCUAGAGGCCAUGGGAAGGCAGUGGGGGUCUGCCAUGAGGGCGGCCGAGCAGGCGGGCUGCGUGGUGAGCGCCUCCCGGGCCGGACGGCCCGAGGCGGGCCCAUGGAGCUGCAGCGGGGUAAUCCUGAGCCGUAGCCCGGGCCUGGUGCUUUGCCACGGGGGCAUCUUCGUCCCCUUCCUGCGAGCUGGCAGCGAAGUCCUGACCGCGGCCGGCGCCGCCUUCCUGCCUGGCGACAGUUGCAGCGACGACCUGCGCCUGCACGUGCAGUGGGCCCCAACGGCCGCGGGUCCCGGGGACGGCGCGGAGCGGGGCCGCCCAGGGCUGUGCACGCCCCAGUGCGCGGGCCUCGAGCCCGGCCCACCUGCCCCGUCCCGCGGGCGUCCCCUGCAGCCCCGGCUUCCCGCAGAGCUGCUGUUGCUGCUGAGCUGCCCGGCCUUCUGGGCCCACUUCGCGCGCCUCUUCGGGGACGAGGCGGCGGAACAGUGGCGCUUCUCGAGCGCGGCGCCGGAUGACGAAGUGUCGGAGGAGGAGGAGGCGGAUCAACUGAGAGCGCUGGGCUGGUUCGCGCUACUGGGCGUGCGGCUAGGCCAGGAGGAGGUGGAGGAGGAGCGCGGGCCGGUCGUGGCCGUGUCGCCUCUCGGGGCCGUGCCCAAGGGCGCGCCAUUGCUGGUCUGCGGCUCCCCUUUCGGCGCCUUCUGCCCUGACAUCUUUCUCAACACGCUGAGCUGCGGGGUGCUCAGCAACGUGGCCGGCCCGCUGCUGCUUACCGACGCACGCUGCCUGCCCGGCACCGAGGGCGGCGGCGUGUUCACCGCGCGGCCCGCGGGGGCGCUGGUGGCGCUGGUGGCGGCGCCGCUCUGCUGGAAGGCCGGCGAAUGGGUGGGCUUCACGCUGCUCUGUGCCGCCGCCCCACUUUUCCGCGCCGCCCGCGACGCGCUCCGCCGCCUGCGCCCCAGCGCCGCUGCCCUGGCCGCUCUCAUGCCGCCAGAGGUGGGCGUCCCGUGGGGUCUGCCCCUCCGAGACUCCGGGCCCCUGUGGGCAGCCGCGGCCGUGUUGGUGGAGUGCGGCACCGUAUGGGGCUCCGGAGUGGCUGUGGCACCCCGCCUUGUGGUGACCUGCCGGCACGUGUCCCCUCGGGAAGCAGCCAGAGUCCUGGUGCGCUCCACCACCCCCAAGAGUGUGGCCAUCUGGGGCUGUGUGGUAUUUGCCACUCGGGAGUCAUGUCCCUAUGACAUAGCAGUGGUGAGCCUGGAGGAGGACCUGGAUGAUGUCCCCAUCCCUGUGCCCGCUGAGCACUUCCACGAAGGUGGAUGGCAUGCCCGUGAUGCUGCAGACCACGUGUGCUGUGCACAGCGGCUCCAGUGGGGGACCCCUCUUCUCCAACCACUCAGGAAACCUCCUUGGAGUUGGAUUAGUCAAAGCAUCACAGACUCAAAAGCCAACAGAGGCUGGAAAGGCAUAAUCACCAGCAACACCCGGGACAAUAACACGGGGGCCACCUACCCCCACCUGAACUUCAGCAUUCCCAUCACGGUGCUCCAGCCGGCCCUGCAGCAGUACAGCCAGACCCAAGACCUGGGUGGCCUCCGGGAGCUGGACCGCGCUGCUGAGCCGGUCCGGGUGGUGUGGCGGCUGCAGCGGCCCCUGGCAGAGGCCCCGCGGAGCAAGCUCUGAGGCUGUGUUACCUCCUCUGGAAAGAAGAGUGACCUUUUUCUGCUGUAGGAAGUGAUGUUGAGGUGAUGGUGGCCUCAGGAUUCAGGGCCCAGCUCCUGAAGGGGCCUGGGCUGCUUCUCAUCUUCACCCACUGACUGUAGUCUGGGCUUCGGGCUCUGGGGCCAACUUCUCUUCAGCCCCAUGGCUCCUUAACCUGGGAGCCCGUUCUGGGGUGCUUUCUUGAAACCCCAGUUCUCUGUCCCCUAGCACUAGACUCAGCUGUAUUGUUUUUCCUUCUGGGGAGUCCACUUCAACUGCACAGAGGUUCUGGGCCUGACAGGUAGAUGCCAGCUGGAAGGCAGGCCUGUGCCUGGUUUUGCAUCUGUUCCCCUGAGGGCCACCGUCGUCCUGGAGCUUCACUGGGGCCUUGGCCCCUGUCUGCCUCUCAGUCAGGUCAGGGCUGACAGAGGACUCAGCUUCCUUAGCAUAUCUCAGCAGAAACCUUGCUCUCAAGAACAGAGACAGAAGGGACAGAAACAGGAGUGCCUCCUGUUGUGCCAGGCCUAUGGGCAGUGCAGGCGGAUCCCUGAAGGUCAGUACUCCUGGGUCUUCAUAUGCCAACAGGGGCACUCUGACACUGUGCCUUCAUUUUCCAGCCCACAGCCUGGGUCUCAGGGACCUUGAGGAGUAGAACAUGUCUGGUUGGGGCUUGGGAAUAAACAUGAUCUAUUGAAAAACCUCUGUAUUUAUAUAUCAAAUUAUUUUUUUUUCAGGAGUUGAAUUGGGAAUAGGCAAGUACCAGGCAAAGAAACACACCCUUUCUUUUUUUUUUUUUUUUUUUUUUAGGAGCUGUGGUCUUGCUGUCUCACCCAGGCUGGAGUGCAGUGUUGCAAUCAUAGCUCACUGCAGUCUCAAACUCCUGGGCUCCAGGAGACCUCCUGCCUCAGCCUCCUGAAUAGCUGGGACUACAGUCAUGCACCACCACACCUGGCUAAUUUUUUAUUUUUGUAGAAAUGGGGUAUUGCUUUGUUGCUCACACUGGUUUCAGCCUUCUGGUUUCAAGCAAUCCUCCUGCCUCAGCUUCCCCAAGUGCUGGGCUUAUAGGUGUGAGCCACUGUGCCCAACCCAGAAAUACACCCUUUCUGUGCUGUUUUCUCAGCAGGAUUUGAGCUCACGGGAUACUGUUCUGCCAGACUGGACCUCAUAGCUGGUCAUGUACCAGUCAGAGCUGGGUGGGGCUUGCAGGUCCCGGAAGGUGGUAGUCUUGACCUGGCAGCAGGUACUUAAAAAAUGCAUAGGGUGGGUGGCAGUUGGGGAGUUCAAGGGUUAAUGAGGCCAGGACAACCCCCAGGAGCUGCGGCGAACUCUGUGAGUCAGGACUGUGCCAUGUGCACAGGGCCGUUCAUAUGUGGGCCCUCGAGUGAUCUCCACUGGCAGGCUGAAAGCCCUGUGAGGGGCGGCUGUGGGCAGAGGCCACAGAGGAACAGUGCCUAGGAGUCAUUUGUUUCUAACACCCGUGUGCUGAGUGUCAGUGCUGGGUGUGGUAUUAUGACGUAUAUUGGUUUUCAUCCAGCAUUCCUGACUCGUGACUCCCAUAGUCCUUGUUCCAGUCUUUGUUGAAAUAUUGGGUAUGUUAGGGCUCUGGGGGCAGGCCUCUGACCUCUGGGUAUCUUUUCACUAAUGUUCGCCCACCUUUUUGAUGGUGGGUCCUAAAGACCUUCCCAUGAGAGAGUGUCAGUCCUGGGGGAAGGAAUGCCGAUGUCAUGAAGCUUCCAUAAAAACCCGAGAGGACAGGGUUCAGAGAGCUUCCGGAUAGCUGAACACCUGGCGCCUCUGGAGUGUGGUGUGCCCAGGGAGGGCAUGGAAGCUCCGCACCCCUUCCCCUUCCCUCAUUCCUUGCCCUAUGUGCAUCUCUUCAUCUGUAUCCUUUGCGAUAUCCUUUAUAAUAAACUGGCAAAC